AUGGACGUCAGUGAGCGAUUAGUGGCUCGACGUGCGCACCUGGCACCUUUUUGUCGCGUAGACCCCGUAAAGCAGAAUUUGCGCUUGCAGAGCUAUUACCAGCUGGCACGUCAGCUUUACCGUCAAUCAGAGACGUAUUUUGCUGAGGGCGCAUGGGAUAACGCCUACGUGUUUUUGGCUAGAUUUAUCAAACUCUGUUCCAAGGUGAUUACUGGACACAAGGACUAUGAGCUGCCACGAUAUGGCAAGGAACGCGAGUGGGUGCGAACGCAAGCAGUUGAUGGUUUUAAGCUUUUUGAUGCGAUUUUGGAUGGGAUGGAAGUUGAGGAAGUGGAGUAUUUGGUUUAUGAACGAUCACUAACGGAGGAAAAGGAUCAAAACACUACGACGGAUCAAGCAUCGACGCAAGCGAAUAUGGUUGCGCUGGAAGAUCGUCUACACGCUAUGCGACAUGCAAAGAAGAACACAGAUCAAACGAAAGUGCAGGCAGCAGGAGCAGCAGAGAAAGAAGACGUCAUACCCGGCCGAUUGGCUCCGAUUAGGUCACCACUCAAUUGCAUGUCGAAACCGCGCCAAAAGGAAUGGAACAAUUCUGCGUCGUACCCUACAGUGGGAAAGGCGUCAUGGAUGACAGCCGAUGCUAGUCAGUAUUCUCACACGCACUUUUUGGCACCACCUCUGAGCCGUCAGCGAUCUCAAGAAGCAAUUGCUAAUUUAAGUAGCGGAAAAAUUCGUACACUAGAGAUCCCAGCAGGCAUCAUUGCUCAGUUCACAUUUCUUGCUGCACCCAACACUAAUCAGCCGCCUUAUGGAAUUGAAACCUGUGGUAUACUAGCCGGAAUAUUGCACGAUCAGAAACUGGUUAUUACCACCCUUAUCAUUCCGAAGCAAGAAGGAUCGUCGGACAUGUGCACUAUGACAAACGAAGAGGAACUUUAUGAUUUCUGUUUUAGCAAUGAAUUGCUCACUCUUGGCUGGAUUCAUACGCAUCCAAAGCAGAACUGCUUUUUGUCGUCAGUUGAUCUUCACACCCAGUGUGGUUUUCAGUCGAUCUUGCCCGAGGCGGUCGCUGUUGUCGUUGCGCCAAGUGAUCCACACAAGAAUGUCGGUGUGUUCCGGUUGACGGAGCCAAAUGGGUUGCAGCUGAUUCAAAAUUGCAAUUUGACGGGGUUCCACACACAUCCGAGCCAUAUCGAGGUCUACUCGAAUGCAUUUGAGUGCAAGUGGUUGGAGCAGUUCACAGCACGACUGGUUGAUAUGCGGUAG